AUGAUGCCCAUACCGCAGCCAAUGCAGCCACAGUACAACGCGGGGAACCCGGCUGGCGACCAGGUGAUGCGUUGGAAUGGAAUCGGCGACGCUUCGAGCUUCAUGAACGGUGCUGAUGGUAUCAUGGAUGGGAAUGCUCAUGUUGGGAACUCAUUUGGUCUGGUUCCGGCACAGCCACAAUAUGCUCAGCCUGUGUCGACGCCAUCGAACACGCUGGCUCGACGGCAAAUGAAUCGCGCGCUUGUUCCGACCAAUACCCGGCCCUAUGAUGGAGCAGUAGAACCAUGGGGAAACUUUGUUGGCGAUGAUAAUACUUUGCUUCAACAAAACCCCUCCGAAAACUUGAAUGAGCAAGACAACGUUGAGAUAUUAGAGGAGAUGGCCCAGAAGGCCAAGAGAGAGGCACAAUCAAAGCGCAAGCAGAUUCCGCCUUUCGUGCAAAAGCUGAGCAGUUUCUUGGAAGAGCGCAAGAACGAAGAUUUGAUUCGGUGGUCGGAAAAGGGAGAUUCAUUCAUUGUGCUUGAUGAGGAUGAGUUUGCGAAGACUCUAAUUCCAGAACUGUUCAAACACAACAACUAUGCCUCUUUUGUUAGGCAGCUCAACAUGUAUGGCUUCCACAAACGCGUGGGUCUGUCAGACAACUCAAUGCGAGCGAGUGAGCGCAAGAACAAGAGUCCUAGCGAGUACUCAAACCCAUAUUUCCGACGCGGACAUCCAAAUCUCCUGUGGCUCAUCAACAAACCCAAGAGUGGAAGCAAAGCAAAGAAGGGUGCCAAGGGUGCUGAGAUCGAUAACGACAGUGAGGACGAGGGAGCAACCGAGGAGAUCCUCGCCUCUGGGCUAGGAGCCUCUGCAACCCAGGCUCCUCGAUCAUUACCGGCUGCUGAUUCUCAGCCCAUACCAAAGAAAGAGAUGACUCUCGUUCGAGAAGAACUGAGCAAAGUCCGAGAACAACAGAAAUUAAUUCUCGGGGCCAUCAAUCGACUACAAAGAAACAACAACGAUCUUUACCAACAGGCUGUCAUGUUCCAGAAUCAGCAUGACCGUCAUCAGAAUUCCAUCAACGCCAUUCUUAACUUUCUUGCCAAUGUCUUUCGAAAAACACUGGAGGAUCAGGGCAACUCGCAGAAUGUAAACGAUAUUAUUUCGAGCAUGCUCACGAACCAGAAUCAGCAGUCCGCCCAACAUGGCAGCGUGGUCGAUCUGGGAGACUUCAUCCAACAGAUGGACCCUUCAUCAUUCGGCACACCUCACAAGAAGGCUCGUGGCCUGCUACCCCCUAUUCCCAACCAGAGCCGCGCCCAGUCAGUUAGAUCGCCUACCCCAAACAGGUCAACACCUGUCAAUGCAACCUAUCAAACUGUCAAUCCUCACAACCCUGAGAUGGGCCAUGUCACAGAACUCCAGGAGAAUUCACCUAGCGACACAAAUUCCCCCACUCUCCGACAGGAACUAGAGGCAAACCCUCAUGAGCAGAUGUUGAAAAUGAUAAACGAACACAACGCAACCAACAAUCAUGGCAUGGAUCUGCCAGAGGCUGCUGAGCUUGUGGCCAACGCCCCCAACACGUUGAGCAAUGCCCAACGAAGCAAGCUGGUGAAUUUCAUGGCUGGCCAAUCCUCCUCUGCUCCAUCUGCCAGGUCAACUCCCGCCCCAACCCCAGUCUCUGCCACACCAGUACCUGCUGCUGCCCAAAUACCUACAUCAAGUGCUCACAUGGCCAUGCCGACUAUGCCUACCUCAACCUCCGUAUCACCCCCACCUCCUUCGCUUUCUCCUAUCAUGGGACCUCCCAUGGCACCGCCGUCCUUGAACGAGAUCAACACCAACCAGUUGGACCUAGAUCAACUUCAACGUCUUCAAAGCGAGCAAGAUGCAAAGAUUAGCGAACUUGGUAGUAUACUUGGACCACUGAGUCCUUCUGGGCAUGUACCUGGUCUAGGGGAUAGCGAGGCGUACUUCGAUCCUCAGUCAGCAGACUUCGAUCAGUUCUUUGACAGCAACGCUUUAUUUGGCGAUGGGCAGUACAACACUGAUGGCACUGAUUUCAACUUCAGCCUUGAUACAGACCCAAACCAUGCGAAUUCGUCACUACAUGCGGGACAUCCCAUUCCCCAUAUGAGCCACCACAAUACUCCAAGUCCCGCAGGUACAGAAGAAAUCACCCGCAGUGACCUGCGGCUAGACACCACACCGGAUCGAGGAAUCAAGCGGCAACGCGUGGGUUAA